GGCGUGACCGUUAACGACGAGGUGAUCAAAGUGUUCAACGACAUGAAGGUGCGCAAGUCGCACCGGUCGCCAGAGGAGGUUAAGCAGCGCAAGAAGGCGGUCCUCUUCUGCCUCAGCGACGACCGCAAGAAGAUCAUCGUGGAGGAGGGCAAACAGAUCCUGGUGGGCGACAUAGGCGAGACGGUGGAGGAUCCCUACGCCUGUUUCGUCAAGCUCCUCCCCCUCAACGACUGCAGAUACGGACUGUACGACGCCACCUAUGAGACCAAGGAGUCCAAGAAGGAAGACUUGGUCUUCAUCUUCUGGGCUCCUGAGGGCGCACCGCUUAAAAGCAAAAUGAUAUAUGCCAGCUCCAAGGACGCCAUAAAGAAAAAGUUUACAGGCAUCAAGCACGAGUGGCAGGUGAACGGACUGGACGAUAUCCAGGACCGCACCACGCUGGCCGAGAAGCUGGGCGGCAACGUGGUGGUGUCGCUGGAGGGGAAGCCACUGUGA